AUGCUUAUUGAUCAACAAACUCAAAGGGGGGACCCUUCAAGUUUUGAAAGGUUGCUUACUCAAUUGAAAAUGGUUACUGUUAGUGAUAUACCUGUAGGUCUUCAGAAUGAUAAAUCUGUGACUCCUUAUCUUGCAAGGGCAGCUGAACUUGCAGAAUUUGAGCCUGUAAUAAGCUAUUAUUGCAAGUUUUAUGUGUUGGAUUAUAUCUUGACUAAUAAACUCCAUGGUAAAGAUAAAGAGAUAGAAGCAUUUACUUUAAAUCUUUUAGAUGAGAUUGAGGUUUUAAAGAAGUCUAGUGAAGGAGAUGAAUCCCAAGAUUUUCAGAAAGUCUUGAAUGACAAGAAAUUGAGUAUUCAAAUAGUGAUGACGUUUGCCUUCAAACUCUUCAAUAAUUGUAUGGAAUCCGUUACUAAAUACACCGGCGACCAAGCAGGUGUUGCAUCUAAGAUCCGGGCCACUUUGGUGUUUCUAAGUUUGUUAAGAUUAUUUGAUGAGAAUGAAGAUGAUAUUAGUGGUGCUACUCAAGGUAAAAUCACCACUACUGAAGAAUGGCGGAAACUUUAUGGAACAAAGGUUAAGGUUCUCAAAUUGCAAUUAUCUAAGUUGAUCAAAGGUGAAAUAGAGAUAUAUGUUGAUGAAGCCGAACUUUCUCGAGAGUUUGAUGAAUUGACUUUUGAAAACACACCUCUGGAAGAUGAAAUAAAUAAGAAUACAUUGGAAGGUGAAGAUGCAUCAGAAUCAAACAUACCAGAUUUCAAACAACCCAGUUCACCUCCUCCUUUCAUUGAUGCUGAAUCAGAUGAAGGGUUACCAGUAUUACCUGGUGCCCCAAGAACAGCACCAGAUGAUAACGAGAUACAUUUACCCGGAGCCCCAUCAUUUCUUCCAGACGAAGAUGUAGUUGUUCCUGGAAUGAAUGACGGGCCAAUCCACUAUAUCCCAAAAACAAGCAACAAUACUAAGAAAGAUCAUUCAAAGCCGUCCGCUCAGGUUCCUGUAUCCACCCCUGCUGUCGACUUGACACCAACAAAUAUAACCGAGAUUCUAGAUACCACUGAGGUAAUCAGCAAAGCUCAAAAAAGAUGCAGGUUUGCGAUUAGUGCAUUGAACUACGAAGAUUAUACAACAGCAGAGGCCGAGUUGGUAGAGGCGCUAGAACUUGUUAGAUGUUUGAAACGUGAACAUCGAUAA